CAGUCUGCGCUCUAAUAUGCUUCUAUUUGGAAGUGCCAAUCGGUUCUUAGAAACACGUUUGUUUUUUUUCAUAAAACGUUUGUUUUUCUCAUAACAAACAUCUUCAAAUCGCACUCUUUUCUUCGACAACGCACAAUAACUGAAAAAGUGUGAAAUUAUUUCUUAAAAAGUGCAGUGCAUUAAACAAAAGCCGAGUUAUCAGAUGUGGGAAGAAGGCCUACGUCCUGCUGUUUAUACUCUUGUUCCGGACAAGGAUAAGUAGUUCAGACUGCAUCCGCAAAUUUCGAAUUAUUGAAUUUUUGAAAAUUUUUGCUUUGUUAUUCUGAAAGUGAAGUUCAAUGAAAUUCUGGGAAAUUCUUCGUAAUUUCUUUUCGGAGAUGUUGCCGAUGGUACCUGCCGACAAUAAUCGAUGGAUCUACUCUAUGUACGGAUUAGAAAAACCGGCGGAUGGCGUUCCCGCCGGAGGAGUCAUGGCUGGUUCGGUGGCGAUUAUGGCAGUGAUUUGGCUUUGCAUUCAAUCUUUGGGUUUUCUUGGCACCGGAAAUUCACUUGGUGCCUACACACUGAAAACUACUUUUCAAAAUGAAGUUCCUGUUCAUCCUAGCUCUCCGGGUUAUGACCAGCGUCAAGAUCGCAUGGUUACCGAAGAAUUUAAGGCUAUAUACGUGCCGAAAAUUGAUGAAAAUGCUUUAAAUUCUUCCAUUAUGUAUGGAAAUAUGCUGGUAAAACUGAUGAGUCGAUUAGAAAUAAACAUAGCGAGUGCUGGGAUUGGUCUUUUGAAAAAUAGUCCAAGCCAUAGUCAAUAUCUUUAUUCGUAUCCGAGCCAAGAUGCUUUGGAAAAAGCUGUUGACGCUAUUGUUGCAGUCAAGGCUUCCUCUUUUCUCAUCCAACAUCACUGCCGAAGGUAUGGGAUGAAUUACAGUGAAUGCGCACGUUUUAUCUCAACCAAUAAAUUUGAAGGAACCCCUUUGAGUGCCGCCUGUGAACUCAACAAAGAUUUCAAUUGCAAUCCAAUUUCUAAAUAUAGAUCGAUUGAUGGCAGUUGUAAUAAUUUGGAAAAUCCUAAAUUGGGAAGCGCAUUGACUGCUUACAGAAGACUCCUCUUUCCAAACUACAUAGACGGGAUUCAAGAGCCAAGGCAUGAGAGACGAGGAAUUCAUGCACUUCCAAAUCCGAGACUGGUUUGUACAACCAUGUCUAGUGCUACAGAACAACCAGACGCUUCGAGAACACUCGUUGUAAUGCAGUGGAGUGAAUUCAUUUUGCACGAUUUGGCAUAUACUCCAGUUCGAAAAAUGGUGGCGAAUGGAUUGCCAAUAUCCUGCUGUCAGGCAGACGGUAACUGGUUGUCUCCACGGUACAUUCAUCCUGAUUGUGCUCCCAUUCACGUGCCGGAUCACGAUCCAAUUUACUCAAAAGAAUUCGUCCGUUGUAUGAGUUAUGUCAGGUCGCUUCCUGUCCUCAGAACAGACUGCAGUUUCGGCCCAGUUGAACAGAUGAAUCAAGUAAGCCACUUUUUGGAUGGCUCGACAGUUUAUGGUUCCACAAUGGAAAAAUCUCGUGAACUUCGAACUUUUGAAGGAGGACAACUCCGAGUCGAGGUUCGAAAUAAUCGAGAAUAUUUGCCCACUGCAAAUACUGAACCUGCAUCUCUAUGUCUUUCUUCAAGAUGUUACACGGCCGGCGACGAUCGCGUAAACGCUGGAGUCCAAUUGGCAGUGAUGCACACAAUUUGGCACAGAGAACACAAUCGCAUUGCUAAGGAAUUAGCUAGACUCAAUCCAUCAUGGUAUGAUGAAUUACUGUAUCAGGAAGCAAGACGUAUAGUAAUUGCUGAAAUCCAACAUAUUACUUUUAACGAAUGGCUGCCAAUUUUACUGGGAAAAAAUUAUUGCAAAUUGGGAGUUUCAACUGGUAUCGGUCAUAAUCAUGAAUACAAUUCUGAUGAAGAUCCUGCCGUCAGCAACGAAGCUGCCACCGCAGCUUUGCAAUUUUUGAAGUCGUUGAAACAGAGCAGUCUACAUAUGCUGGAUGAAACCGGAACUGUGAACCAGACACUCCGCCUGAAGGAUAAUUUUUACAAACCACAAACAAUUGAAUCUGAAGAUUUUUUCGACGGAAUUAUAAGGGGCCUUACAACUCAAUCCUCUCAAAAAAUGGACAUAAAUGUCGUUUCUGACAUGACUCAUGGCUUAUUUAAAACAAAUGGCAACUUGGGCCUAGAUGCUGUGAGUCUUGAUAUUCAACGAGGUCGUGACCAUGGACUUCCAGGAUACAAUUAUUAUCGCAAAUAUUGCGGGCUUCCGGUUGCAAAAAAUUUUGCCGACUUUUUGGAUUACAUUCCGAGCGAGAUGUUAAAGAAGCUCCGAAGUCUUUACAACAGUCCCGAUGAUGUCGACCUUGUAAUUGGCGGAAUGGCAGAAAGGUCUGUAGAUGAUGGUAUUUUGGGUCCUACAUUUAAUUGUUUGAUCUCUGAACAAUUUUCACGAACGAGACGAACUGAUAGGUUUUUUUAUGCCUCUGCUAAAAUGGUUUAUCCAUUCACGCCAGAUCAAUUGGCUAACAUUCAAAAUGUGACAUUGGCUCGAGUUUUCUGUGAUAAUGGAGACAAAAUUUCUCAAAUGCAGCGCAAUGUUUUUCUUAAACCGGAAUUAGGAAACGAAUUGAAUUCCUGCAACGAUUUUGAAGCCAUUCCAAGUGUGGAUCUCUUUGCCUGGGCUGAGAAGGCGAAGGCAUAUCGCUGAAAAUCUUCGUAAUUGACUAGUCACUUUUUACUGGAUUAAAAAUCCAAAAAUAUUUUCAAAAUGCACAAAAGUUGUGCAAAAGUCGAAACCAAGAGUACAACACCUUCCCUGCAAGUUAUGACUGUUAAAGAAUAGGGGAAACCUUUCUACAGUGGAUAAUCAAUAAGUAAAAAUAUUAAUAUACAGUCCAUCUUUUUAAUAGUGCCGCUUUUAAUAGUGCCUCUCUCAAUAGUGCCGCUUUUAAUAGUGCCGAUCUGAAUAGUGCCGCUUUUAAUAGUGCCGCUCUCAAUAGUGCCGUUAUUCUUAAUUCAAUUUUUUUUCGGAUACGGUUUUCUCAAUAAUGCCGUGUGAAGUUUAGGCCGUAGCAAAAUAUUUUUACAGCCCACCCUUUUGUUAUCAAUUAAAAAAAUUUUUGAAAUAUACUAAAAAUAUAAAUCUUCAA